AUCAUAUUUUAAAUCAGCGGGACUGUAUCACAUCACUCUCUCAGGUUCAGAUGCAAAUGAAUGUACAUCUUUGUGCUUCUUUUUGUCUUUAGCAAAUGUAGAGAGAUACAGAACCCAAUAAACAGAAAAGGAAAAAAACUAAUCACACCUGUAAAUUACACGUUAUAACUGUUUAUAAUUAAAUAUAUAUUCUAGGAUGUACAGUCAAUAAAAGACAUUGGCAUCACUUUUUACUAGGGCACUAUCUAUGUGCAAAAUGUAUUACCAGUCCAAUGUAUAACCAGUGCAAUUAUUUGUUGUCUCUACUAGGCUCUAUUGUGAGUGUUAUUAUAUAAAUGGCCGAUUACUGCUUCAGCAGUGCGGUUUCGUGGACCGUGACCCCGUCUCCCUGCCUCCCAAGAUAACCCUCUGUCUGUCCCUUUGUGUCAAUACGCUGAUAGUAGGACGAGGCGCGGUGAAUGUGAUUGGUCGAACGCUGUUAUUUGCGGCUGGUAAGAUUAUCAGAGGCGCUGCUGUCUGCGGCUGAGAUGCUCUGUCACAUCAGCUGAGCGCCUGCCGCGUCAGCCUAAAUAGAUAACGAAACUAAAUAGCGGAAUGUCAGGCGUUUAUUAGAUUGGUUGGUUUACAAGGGAAUUGCGCAUAAAUAAGGAUUUACAACAGAUGGCGUGUGAUGCCGUUUGACUCGCUCCAAACACAGAGGAUGCUUUAACAACAGGAAAAUAAACCAUGUCGAGCAGGAACACAAUGUCAUCUAAGGGACAGGAGUCGCCAGAAUCCUUCUACACCUAUGAUUUCUGUGACCCAACCCAUCCCACGGAGGUUCUAGAAGCCCUCGGAGAAUACUACACAGAAGGCUUGUUCACUGACAUAGCUCUACAGUGCUCUACAGGGGAGCUCUUCCACUGCCAUAAAGUGGCUCUAUGCUCCCGUAGUUCCUACUUCAGAGCCAUGUUCACAGCCGAUAUGAGAGAGAGGUCCCACAGUGUCAUCAGACUAGCUGGGGUAGAUGUGGAGGUGCUGACGACGCUGGUGGACUAUGUGUACACCUCCAAGGCCUCCAUUACCCAGUGGAAUGUAGAGUCUCUGCUGGAGGCUGCAGACCUGCUGCAGUUCGGAGCCGUGAAAACGGCCUGUGAGAACUUCCUGGUUCGUCUCCUCGACGUCGACAACUGUCUGGGCAUGCUCCGUUUCGCCCAGCUCCAUGUGUGUCUGUCCCUGGAGAAGGAGGCACGCAGGGUGCUGCUCUGCCACUUCCACGAGGUGGUGAGAGAGGAGGAGUUCCAGGAGCUGGGGGUGGAGAAGGUGAGGAGCCUCCUGCAGGAGGAGAACCUGGUGGAGGUGUUGAAAGAGGCUGUGCUGGUGGAGGGGGUGGUGAGGUGGCUGGCCCACGAUACUCUUGCCCGCAGGGGACACUUCCAGGAGCUUCUUCACUCCGCCCACUUAGACCUGAAGGAAGAGUACCUCAGGACUGCCUUGGAGCUGCAUAGAGAGUGUCUGGAGACUGACACUGAAGACAUCCACUCUCUAUUUGUCCAAGCUCUGAAGACUGCUUUUAAUAUCAAUAAAAGCCCUUCGGAACACUGCAGAAGGGGCAGGAGACUGACCUCCAGGAUGUUUGUGAUAGGAGGGUACCACUGGCACCCUCUGUCUGAGGUCCAGACCUGGGACCCGGUCACGGACCAGUGGCAGCAGGGGGAGGAUAUGCCAGACCACACCAGGGAGAGUUAUGGAGUUACCCUGCUGGGCUCCAACAUCUAUAUUAGUGGCGGCUACAGGACAGACACUACAGAGGCUCUAGAUACAGUGUGGGUUUACAGCAGUGAUACUGAUAAAUGGACACAGGGGCAGCCCAUGCUGACAGCGAGGUACUACCACUGUUCUGUGGGUCUGCAUGGGUGUGUCUACGUCAUAGGAGGGUACAGAGGAGGGGCGCCCAUGGGGGAAACGGAAUUCUAUGACCCCUUGAAAAGGAAGUGGAUUCCCGUAGCUAAUAUGGUACAAGGCGUGGGGAACGCUACGGCCUGUGUUCUGAGAGACACAAUAUAUGUGGCAGGCGGUCACUAUGGUUACAAGGGAAGCUGCACCUAUGAUAAGAUUCAGACCUACAGGGCAGACGUCAAUGAAUGGAGCAUAACAACGACCUGUCCUCAUCCAGAGUACGGCCUGUGCCUGGUGUCACUACACCCCAAGCUGUACCUGGUGGGUGGCCAGACCACCAUCACAGACUGUUACGAACCGGACAGAGAUGAGUGGAGCCAGCUGGCCAGGACCAAGGAGAGGAGGAUGGAGUGUGGCGCCGUGGCCAUGAAUGGGUCCCUGUAUGUCACCGGGGGCUACUCCUACUCCAAGGGCACCUACCUGCAGAGUGUGGAGAGGUACGACCCCGAACAGGACACCUGGGAGAUCGUGGGGAAUUUACCUGGAGCGGCGCGGUCACAUGGAUGUGUCUGUGUUUACAGCGUUUAGAGAGAGAGAGAGAGAGAGAGAGAGAGCGACAGAGCGAGAGAGAGAGCGAGAGAGAGAGAGAGAGAGCGACAGAGCGAGAGAGAGAGAGAGCGAGAGAGAGAGAGCGACAGAGCGAGAGAGAGAGAGCGAGAGAGAGAGAGAGAGAGUGAGAGCGAGAGAGAGAGAGAGAGAGCGACAGAGCGAGAGAGAGAGAGCGAGAGAGCGAGUGAGAGAGAGAGAGAGAGAGAGCGAGAGAGAGCGAGUGAGAGAGAGAGAGAGAGAGAGCGAGAGAGAGCGAGAGAGAGAGAGAGCGAGAGAGAGAGAGAGCGAGAGAGAGAGCGAGCAAGAGAGCGAGAGAGCGAGAGAGAGAGAGAGAGAGCAAGAGAGAGAGAGAGAGAGAGAGAGAGAGAGCAAGAGAGAGAGAGCGUUCCAGGUUGUCAGUAAUGCAGUUGUGGAUGUGUGUGUGUUUAUAGUAUUUAAACUAUAUAUUGUAUUACUGUUGUUUAACACUUAACCAGGCGUUGUGAGAUCGUGUGAACUGCAUUUGAGACGACCUGGAACGUGUCCUUUGUUACUGUUCCAUUCAGAGGACUUUUUCCAGACAGCUGAUGGCGUCUGAUCUACCUCAUCCUGUUCUCCUGCUAUAGACACGUGAAUAUUUAUUGUGUCCGACUAAGAGAUUUUGGGGCGUGGAAUGUUCCCCUAUGCUGGAAGUGGGGGCCUGAGUGAAAAAAGUUUAGGAUCCCCUGAAUUAGAUAAAUAACGGUGUGUUUGUUUACAAUGAUUUGAUUGUUUUAUACGUUGUAUUGAUACGUUGUAAAACUGUUGAUUGUGAAAAUAAUUGAAUGGGUUUUUACUUGACUUAGCCAUUUUGAAUGGCAGCAGCUGACACACAUUGCAAAGCACCACUAGGGGAUUUAUCCUCAAAGAUUUCUUCAUAUUUAUUUCAUUUAUUCGAACAGGAAAAAGAGGAGUUGAUACGAUACAAAUGAAUGUACAACUUUGCAUAGUUUUCUUUCUUUGAAAUAUAAUUUUAACAGAAUCACCAGCAGUAGCCUUUCCUGCAGGGAAAUGACCACAUCGCCCUCUAGUGGCCUCGUGGGUGGAAUGUUAUUAAGAUUUUUCAUAAUUUUGUAAUUAAUAAACCUUUUAGUGGGGUGGGAGGCGCAGAAAAUCUGUUUUUCUAUGUCAAACGGUUUUGUUAUAUUUCAGUUUUCUGUGAUGUUUAUGAAGUGUAAUGUUGGGAUGCAAAAUCAAAAUGUAAUACAUUUCAACUCUAUAUCUGACAUGA